AUGCUCAUACCGUACCGCGAGGUAAUGACCGUCGACGACCAGAUGAGCGAAGCCAAUGAAGGAACAUAUACAAAUAGUAACCAUGUGAGAUUGGUCAUCAAAGAUCUCCGAUCUCGAAAUACUAGUCGGUCUUUGCUCUUCUCGGAGUGUGAUGUCGCCUGUGCAAUGCCCCCACCUAUCGACUCAGUUGUGGACAAUUUACUGUCGAAUUCUAUUGAAG